UAUUGAAUGAUCAAACCAUGGUCCGUAUGAUAAAUUGUUGAUUAAUUCGUAUACACGUUUUAUAAGAAUUUAUGUGUAACACACGUUUCAGUGUGCUACUAGUCAGGAUACGGUACCACAUACAUAUAUUACUAUACUGUACUUCACACUGGAUCUCUCACCCGUAAAACCGGCUUCACUGAAAUGAGUAUGCGUAUCCACAUAUUAACGGAUCGGGUUGCUGGCUCUAUUUCGUACCCAUUGCAGUCAUAGUUUCAACGGACUAACGCGCACCAAAUUAGCCUGAUAACUCACCAACAGUUCCAUAGGCCACAUAGCGGAUCGCUAGUCUACCAUUGGCAGGGUGACCCGGCAAUGUCGUAGUAGUGGUACCCGCCCGGAACCUUUUUCUGAACAUCUUGCAUCACGCCAUCCGAGCACUGUCGGACCCGUGGUUCGGAUCAGAGCACAGGAGAACCUAAGUAGUCCGUUUAUUGUCCCAUUGUGAAAAUCUAUUACAAAUAGCAUAACACGAGCCUACACGCCUCACCAACAAAGUCGGUAUAUAUCAAUCUAAAACGUAUCCUCCAAACCCCACAAACAGUGUUUAACUUACAGCAGGUAAUGGUGUAAUAGGUAAACCUCCAGUCAGGUUCUGGUGUCUUCAUCAUUGUUAUUAUUUACAAGGACUGUCAGACGUUCGUGGUAAGUGGUGCAACAUUAGAACUGGUAGGUUAAGCACUCAUUAGAAAGUGGUAAAUGUCGUAAUUGUUUUCUGCAUUAAGGAAUUUAUUGAACAUACAUUAAUCCAUUUCGACAGUAAGGUAGUGCUCUAUUUCUAAGUACGAAGUCAUUUUUCGACAACGACGUAGGUUUUGUUCUCCGGGGAGUACUGAACAUUGUACAGAAUUUUAUUCUCUCACAUUACAUUAAGUAGUUUUUGCCUGUGUCCACUACUUCAUUAAUGUUGGGUUUUGUCACCACCGGGCGUACAAACAGGUACCUCGGUCACGUGUAUACAUUUGGCAUAUACAUCAUACGACAAUGUUAUCAUUCUUACAGAUUGAAAUUUUCGAUUUGAUGAUGUCCCCUGCCAUAAAGUAAAGUGCAGGUAUGGCCAGGUAAAAAUGGUGAAGCGCUGUUUCUUGAUCCUUUUGCCUAGGUUGAUGGAGAACACUCCGUUAGUGUCACUCGUAUAGAUCAAGGCUACUCUCUCUUUGUACACAAUUGAUGAAUAUCUCGCCCAAAGCGCGGACAUCAAUUUUCUCACCUGCUGUCAGAUGUUUUGGCGAAAAAUAUCCACCAUAGCUUAUCGGGGAUCUUAUAGAAAUCUUAACUUUUAAGUAGUAAAGUUUGUUUUUGGUGAGCAGCCUGCUGCGGUAUUGUGGUUUUAUUAAGAGCAUCUUUGAUUGGUACAGGGCGGUCCCACGGCCCAGUCUAUAGCGUCCUGUUAUAUCUGUUAGCCUUUACUCUCACUGGUCUCCGCGGCCGGUACACUGGCCUUUACUAGUCACCAGUCGUGUAUUUUGAUAUUAAGUGCAAUACAACACAUAUAAUAUUCAGAACAGUUUACACGAUCAAUUACCUAAUGUGGCUAAUUUUGAGAGAUCGGAGUUAUUAGGGAAAUAUAUAAGUUGGGCAAAAACUUUGAACUUGCAGCAAAAGGAAGCAACAAGCAAAAAUACUGCAAUUUGAAUUGAUGGUAAUACCGCAAAAUUGGUCCAAUUUGGCCCAAUGUUCUUUUGACUAACAAGUGGGGGCAUUUGUUCCGUACUGUAAUGGCGGCAUAUUAGACAUUAUCUCUUCUUGAAACUAAAUUCUGUGCAUGUUUCAGCAACUUUGACAUUUGGGGCGUUAAAUUGCCGAGAGUCGUAGAAAUGACACAUUGCAUACCGCCAAAAUAGAUUGACUGGAACAGGCGGCUAAAGUUGACACAAGGAAGAAAUAACGGUGGAAGAUAAAUUUGACCAUUUAAAUAUGGUUUCUGAUUGCCCUUUCGAAAAUGCAGAGAAAAAGUGGAAGUAUUCUCACAUGGAAUAUUCUGUAUUGAAGCAGAAUUCUUAAUGAAAAAAUAGAAAUGGAAUAAUGUAUAAAUACCAAAUUUCUGAAAAUUUGUGAUCGACGAAAAUUCCUUAAUCAAGGAUUACACUGAAGGAAGUUGCUAACGAAGACAAUUACUGAAGUCAAUGAAAAACUCUGGGCUAGAGCCUUGAAUGGUGUACUGAAUGAAGUUGUAUUGUUUGAAGUCUCGUCAUUUAGAGGUGGGCCCGAUUGGAGGUAUGCACAGGCCAUUGUUAGUGUGUGGAUGAACACAAAGCCUUGUGAACCCACUCCGUCAAAUGAACGUAUAGCUUGUUGCGUAGACCGGGACUUGUACACAAUACCGCGGUCGGUCGGGGUACAUGGCUUCCUCUCACAGUCGUAUCCCAUAACACCAAAGGAGCCUCUCAUACUCGUCAGUAUUUGGUUAACUAUCCAACCAUGCAAAACACGUGGGGAUCAUACGCACCACACUCUCUAGCUUACCAACUGCCUCCUCGCUCGUACGACGUAUUUGCAGGUCAUGGUGGGGUUAAUCAGUUAGGAGGUGUAUUUGUGAACGGGAGACCACUUCCCGAUGUGGUGCGACAGAGAAUUGUGGAGCUGGCCCACCAGGGAGUUCGCCCCUGCGACAUCUCCCGGCAGCUUAGAGUAUCCCACGGAUGUGUCAGCAAAAUUCUUGGGAGGUAUUACGAGACGGGCUCCAUUAAACCCGGGGUGAUUGGAGGUUCUAAACCCAAAGUCGCCACACCCAAAGUUGUCGACGCCAUUACAAGGUACAAACAUGAAAACCCAACCAUGUUUGCGUGGGAGAUUAGAGACAGACUACUGGCCGAACUGGUGUGCACGUCCGAAAAUGUUCCGAGCGUUAGCUCCAUCAACAGAAUUGUACGUAACCGAAUGGCAGACCAGGCAAAACUUGGUUCCCCCAGCCCGUCCAACGAUGCCUCGAGUCCCCCUCUGUCACAUACCUCCUCCCCAAAUGCCGAUUCUCUACAGAGGACGGGAACUUAUUCCAUAAGUGGGAUACUGGGCAUUCCAAAUCAAAACGCUCAAAGUAUGGCUGAUCCUUCCAGCGUAAAAAGAAAACGAGAAGACCAACCAGUUACAAACGGGCAUGAACCGGAAGUAAAAACAGAGCCAUUAGGCAAUAACAACAACGUUACAAAUGUAGAUAUGUGGUAUGCGGCCCGUCCACCAAAAUUAUCCCGCACUGAAAAUGGAGCACCACAAGAACAUCAAACAGUGAUUUUACCAAAUGGGGCACAAAUCUACACCCCAGGGGGUCACCCCCCAACUUAUAAUACUCAGUUCUUAACCGCAUCUACGUCAACAAAUGCGAUUAAAACAGUGGAAUAUACCAUGCCCACCACCGCCAUGGCAGGGACUGUGACUAACUCGGAAUCUCAAAACCCAACAGCCAAUUAUACUCCAUCUAUAGGUCAACCCAUUACCACGCCUAUAACCGUUAAUGCACAGUCUAUGAGGCCAGUCAUAGUUACUGUGACAGCGGAUGGUCGAAUUACGAGCGAGCACAUUCCUCCGGGAGAGUUUGCUGAAGCAAGCAACAGAAACAAUACAACUCCCUCCAAUAAUAACACAAACACUACAAACAACAAUAUAACUACAAAUAUCACAGCUACAAACAACAAUAAUAAUAACACAAAAACGCCCUCCCCUAAGCCUGGAACCCCCUCCCAAGCAGGUGGAAGCAACCUGACAGAGCUUAAACCCGUACAGCCCACCCUCACUCAGCCCUACCAUACUCCGUUGCCGUCAUUUACGGGGCAGUUUACAAGUCAAGCUAACAGUUUUAAUUCUACAACGCAUGCAACAUAUCCAAGUCAACCCGUGGUGGGGACGGUCGUACCUCCUAUUGUAAUAUCGGGAGGCAAUUACACAACCGGCACUGCGCCCAGCGGGGAUUAUUAUAACACGGCCGUGCCAUACACACAAUACAAUGCAGUAGGAACACACUACACAACGGACCCGGCAUGGACAAUGAGAUACGGACCUGGAGGAAUUCUCAAUACCCCCGCGUACUACUAUCCACCUGGAGUACCAGGAGGGCGGCCCGAGUCCAAUACCACAGUAGUUACGGCGGCGGCAGCCAGUCCCUCCAAGACGUAGGCCACCACUCACACACCACAGAUCAGCUAUGGUGACGAGAUGUGAUAUAUCCACUAAAACAUUUCCAUGUGAACGUUUCCCUGAAUGGCGGUGAAACACUGGCGUAUGUUGAUGACGAAUGAAAAAACGAGGAGCGAAUCAUGUGAUCUCUUCCUAUGUGUAACGAACAUCGUGAUGUCUAAUGACAAAUAUGUCGUAUGGGAACACAUGUGUUAUGAAUGCGUGUGAUUACACGUGUUAUGUGGACAGACGCAUGGAUAACUCUUAGGAAACAUGCAUACCUCAGCCCCGUUUAUUUUAGUUUUUAUGCAAAAUAAAACAAGACUUACUCUCUGGUGUCAUGCACAUGAUAACUGGAAUGUGUAAAUAGUACGAUUCCAGCACUGGUUGAAACAAACCGGCCAUGUACCAAUGCAUUUACUCCUACUUAUUUGUUUUCACGUGAGCGCUUGAUCGUGUAUUGUAAGGGUAAUACGAGAGUUUUGUUCUUAUGUGUCGUGCUAUUUGUGAUGAGAAUAAAUGCCGGAUAGAAUGUAUUUAAUUCGAAUAAAGAUAUUAUAUAAUAGAUAUAUAUUUCUGUAUGGUAGCGACAACCUGUAAUGUCCAGUGACCUAACAGAGCCCGAGAACAUACUCUUCAUAGGUUCAGCAUAAUCAUCUUGUGUUGUUUUUUCAAAAUAGACAAAGAAUUUACUAGACGAGGUGCGUCUGCUUUAUAUGCUGACUUUUACAAUGUUCAAUUUUGAUUGUUAAUAAACGUUUUUCAUGACAAAACAUAUAAAGUGAACAAAAAGCUCAUGUGCUUAUUACAUCCAGAUUUUUAAAUUGAACUUUUCAUACGCGGAUAUAUUCUAUGAUAUUUUUGUUAUUUGUUUUAAUAAGAUCAUCUUUUUAUAGCUAUUUUUUGUUUGAGUCGACAGGAUGGUUACACAUCUCAGAGCAUAAUAGCGGCGGAGUUGAUCAAUAUAUAAUGCUACUUCGUCUACAAUCUAGUUCUGUCUACGUCAAGCUAUUGUGUUAUCAUGACAGUUGAAGAUUUACUCCCACCAUUGCUGUGCCAUAUACAACUUUAUCAUUUUUAUCCAAUUUCCACGGUCUUUUUGAAGCAAUCAAUUCAUGUAAUUUGAUUUUAUUGUCAAUGUGACAUCAUAAUGAUUUUUCCCCCUGAAUUUAUUUAGACAUAAACAAUAUGACAUUAGAACAAUGUCACCCAGCCAAUAAGCCUCCACUAAAGACCACUACUAAAUACGGGUAUAUGUAAACGUUAUACCUAUAGUCUACUUGUUUAGCUUUAACUCUCUGGAACUAUAUUUCUUUGGGUUUUUUUAUCGAUUACUUUUAGUGGCCAUUGAGUAAAGCCUUGUUUUGUAAUCUCAGUUUCUUUCAUAUAUUACAAUUUAUCUAAUUUCCGUAUAACUCUUUUGUUAAUUUUCCACCAGAGUGUAGGUUUUCUUGCCAAUGUUAUGAGAAUUUGCUCAAAUAUUUCAUUAUUUCAUUUUUGGAAAACAUUUAAUUAUCAUCUGCAAAUGUAGCUUUCCCUCGUUUUUGCCAGGGAUUUUAUCUUCCAUUGCAAUUUUCAGUACAGAUAUUACUGACAUAGUUUCCAUUUGUCUACUCAAUGAAUUGAAAAUUGAAAAUCCAUGUCACGUGACUUGUGGUAGCCACGUGAUUCUUUUUGUCUUGCCAGAUGAUGUCAUGGCGGUAUAUAUGCUCAUUGUUGUGUUCUUAUUGGAGACAUGGUGUCCAUGUUAUACGUUUUUAUGAAAUUGUGACUAACCUAGUUUUUAGAAAUCCCUAAUGUAGCACUAAUAGACAUUAUUGUAUAUGGUAAAGUGCUAGCUUUCUAUAUGAAGUGUAUUUUAUUGUAAAUAUAUAAUUCAGGGUAUAUGCUUACUGCAUUGUUCUGAGCAAAACCCUCUUCAAUAUUUUUAAUGGAUGCAAUAGAAUACGAGGGAUGAAUCUCCGUGAAAUGUAUCAUAAUAUUGCAUCAAUGAAACAUGUAAGCAUAUUUUCAUUUAUCGGUCGUUCAUGCGAUACAUUUUAUCACAUACAUAAUUAUAUUCAUACAUAGAUACACACCAAUUUUUGACAUCCUUCAGUGUUUGCCAAUAAACUUUUGUUACCUUUACUAAGGUGGAGUUUCAGCU